GAGAAAGUCCUGCACAAAUGUGCUCGAGUAAGCAAGGCUGUGGGCUGUGCAGAAAACCCUAAGGGGUAACGUCACUCCCCCUCGGCAGAUCUGCCUCAGCCUUCCAUUCCCAACCAUCACAUCGCUUUAGAGAACAGAGAGAACGCAUCCAUAUUCAGUUCACUUUGCAAUGUUUAGCAUAAGAAAGCCUGAUCCAACCAUUUUUAUUCCCAUGCUCCGGUGUCGACUGGGAGCUCACUACAGUCGCGGAAAUGCAGCCAGACAAAGGGAUCUGUAGAUAGAGGGUGAGAGAGAGAGAGAGAGAGAGAGAGAAAAGAAGAAGAACAAGAAGAGAGAGAGAGAGACACACAGAGAAAGAGAGAGAGAAAAGACGAGUGAUCAUCUGUUUUUAAGUGGGGGAGAUUUCUUUCACUUGAACGGAUAAUGAUUUGCAACAAAGGGCGGACAAUCGAGCCACAGCGACUGUAACUUCAACAAGGGACACCUAACAGGCAGGCAGGCUUGUUUACAAGAGGAGCGCUUCGGCAGACCUGCUCAAUCAUGCCUGUUCGGAGAGGUCAUGUUGCACCACAGAACACAUUUCUGGGCGUUAUUAUACGGAAAUUUGAAGGACAGAAUAAAAAAUUUAUAAUUGCCAAUGCCAGAGUGCAGAAUUGUGCAAUCAUCUACUGCAACGAUGGAUUUUGUGAAAUGACAGGCUUCUCGAGACCAGAUGUCAUGCAAAAGCCGUGCACCUGCGACUUUCUCCACGGUCCGCACACUAAGAGACAUGAUAUUGCUCAAGUUGCUCAGGCACUGCUUGGGUCGGAGGAAAGAAAAGUGGAAAUUACAUACCACCGAAAAGACGGUUCCCUUUUUCUAUGUAACACACAUAUAAUCCCGGUGAAGAAUGAAGAAGGUGUGGUGAUGAUGUUCAUUUUAAAUUUUGAUUAUGUGCUGGAGGAGGAAAGCAGCGACUCAUUGGAGAGACUCAACCAUACAUCACCUGGCAAAUUAGAACAUUGUAAAGGAAGGUUUUUCCGGUUGCGGCUGCCUGGACUGAGACUGCUAGGUACUGCUAAACAGUCACUUCCACAGGAGGACCCAGAUGCUGUCAUGGUAGAUGCUCCAAAACAAAGUGAUGACUCUGUUGCCAUGAAACACUUCAAAACCCCCACAAAGGAAAGUUGCUCCCCUUCAGAUGCAGAUGAUACAAAAGCAUUAAUAGGAUCCAGUCCAUGCCCAGCUUUGGUUAACAUUUCAGGACCUCUUGAUCAUUCAUCACCUAAACAGCAAUGGGAUAAGUUAUACCCGGACAUGCUGGAGUCAAGGGCAUGCCUCAGUCAUGCCAGAUCGAAGGAGAGCAUUUGCAGCAUGAGACGAGCUUCUUCAGUUCAUGAUAUUGAAGGCUUUCGUGUCAACGCAAAGAGUGUGUUCAGAGACAGGCAUGCAAGUGAAGACAAUGGUCGCAAUAUCAAAGUUUCCCGUUCCUGGAUGGCAGGGGGGCCUUUCAAUCAUAUAAAGUCCAGCCUCCUUGGUUCCACUUCAGAUUCAAACCUCAACAAGUACAGCACAAUAAAUAAAAUCCCUCAAAUUACAUUAAACUUUUCUGAUGUAAAAAAUGAGAAGAAGACAUCAUCACCUCCUUCUUCUGAGAAAACUAUUAUUGCUCCCAAAGUCAAAGACAGGACUCACAAUGUCACAGAGAAAGUUACACAGGUCUUGUCUUUAGGAGCAGAUGUGCUGCCAGAAUACAAACUUCAGACUCCUCGUAUUAACAAGUUCACCAUACUUCAUUACAGUCCGUUUAAGGCAGUGUGGGAUUGGCUUAUUCUGAUUUUAGUUAUUUACACGGCAAUAUUCACGCCAUACUCAGCAGCUUUUCUUUUGAAUGACCAGGAGGAGCAAAAACGAAGACAGUGUGGCUAUUCCUGCAGUCCACUCAAUGUCGUGGACUUGAUGGUGGAUAUCAUGUUCAUCAUUGAUAUUCUUAUCAACUUCAGAACAACUUAUGUGAACUUGAAUGAAGAGGUAGUUAGCGACCCAGCAAAAAUAGCAAUUCAUUAUUUCAAGGGCUGGUUCCUGAUUGACAUGGUUGCUGCAAUACCAUUUGACCUACUUAUUUUUGGAUCAGGGUCAGAUGAGACUACCACUUUAAUUGGACUUCUGAAGACAGCUAGACUGUUACGAUUGGUGAGAGUAGCCCGGAAACUGGACCGCUACUCCGAGUAUGGCGCUGCUGUUUUGAUGCUGCUGAUGUGUAUUUUUGCCUUGAUUGCUCACUGGCUUGCAUGUAUUUGGUACGCCAUUGGGAACGUGGAAAGACCUUACCUUACCCAUAAAAUUGGAUGGCUGGACUCUUUGGGACAGCAGAUUGGCAAGCGCUACAACAGCAGUGAUGCCAGCUCAGGACCCUCCAUUAAGGAUAAAUAUGUAACAGCACUUUAUUUCACCUUCAGCAGCCUGACGAGUGUUGGAUUCGGCAAUGUUUCUCCAAAUACCAACUCAGAAAAAAUCUUCUCCAUUUGCGUCAUGCUAAUUGGCUCAUUAAUGUACGCCAGUAUUUUUGGGAAUGUCUCAGCAAUUAUCCAGAGGCUCUAUUCGGGCACAGCACGGUACCACAUGCAGAUGCUGCGAGUAAAAGAGUUUAUUCGAUUCCAUCAGAUCCCCAAUCCGCUUCGCCAGAGGCUCGAAGAGUAUUUCCAGCAUGCUUGGACUUACACCAAUGGCAUAGACAUGAACAUGGUUCUAAAGGGGUUUCCAGAGUGUCUGCAGGCUGACAUUUGCCUUCAUCUUAACCAGAAUUUGCUCCAGAACUGUAAGGCAUUUAAAGGAGCAACAAAAGGUUGCCUGAGAGCUCUGGCAAUGAGGUUCAAAACAACACAUGCGCCCCCUGGAGACACUCUGGUCCAUGGCGGAGAUGUCCUGACUGCACUUUAUUUCCUUUCCCGAGGCUCAAUUGAGAUCCUAAAGGAUGACAUUGUGGUUGCAAUUCUCGGAAAAAAUGACAUCUUUGGAGAAAUGAUCCACCUGUAUGCGAAGCCUGGAAAAUCAAAUGCAGAUGUUCGAGCGUUGACAUAUUGUGACCUACAUAAAAUUCAAAGAGAAGAUCUCCUGGAAGUUCUUGACAUGUAUCCAGAAUUUGCGGAUUACUUCUUAACAAACCUGGAACUCACGUUUAACCUCCGAGAUGAAACGUCAAAGCCUGCCACCUUUAUGCAAAGCAUUGAUUCAGAAGGGGAAGAUUCAAAAGUUAGAAGGAGGAAGAUUUCUUUUAAACGGAAAACAGACACAGGAGAAAGCAGUAAAACUGUUGGUGAAACCCCUGAAGACAAGGUUUUCUAUACCUUCUGUUCAAAGAGGGACAUUGAGGAAAGAAAAAGUAGUUCCUCAUCUUUUUCUACCUCUGGAGAUGAAAAGAAGAAGUCAAUGAGUCCAGCAAUUAUAGGGUUUCCAUCAGCAAUAGGUCACAAAAAUGAACUUGGAUUUGUAGAGGCAUCUGUGAUUCCAGCCAGGAGCAUGAUUGAAAGAAGAAGUCAUUCUUUCAAAGAGCUUAGAGAUACAGGAUGGGAAUGUGAAUAUCAAAAGGAAUGUCCAAAUGAAUCAGCACAAUCAGCCUUAUCUCAGAUAGCAAGAGGAGCUUCUGAAACAGAAAGUGAUAUCACAUAUGGAGAAGUUGAGCAGCGGCUGGACUUGCUACAAGACCAGCUGAACAGGCUGGAAGCACAAAUGACUGGUGACAUUCAAGCAAUCCUGCAAAUGCUGCAGCGGCAGGUCGCCAGUGGUCCUCCCGCAUACAGCAUGGUGACCUCCAUUUCUGAGUAUCAGAGGCCAGCCAUCCGAGUGCAACCUGUAGCAGCUAUUAAGACUGACUGUAGCUUCAGACCUUCAUCCCAGAGCCCAGAGUUUUUGGAGCUGGAAAAAGCCACCGUCAAAUCCAAAGAAUCCUUGUCCAGUGGAGUACACUUGAACACUGCGUCUGAAGAGAAUUUAGCUUCCUUAAUGGAGCAGGACCAUGACCAAACGACGCCGUUUUAUAGCCAGCCAUCCAAGACGCUGCUUCUUCCAAUCAGACAUCCUUCUCUGCCAGACUCAUCUCUUAGCACCGUAGGAAUGUUAGGCCUUCACCGGCAUGUUUCAGAUCCUGGUCUUCCUGGGAAAUAACCACAAUCCAAACGCUCCACCCUGGCACCUAUCGUGGCCGUUUGUAUUUGCUACAAAUGGAUUCUUCUUACGUUUGACUCAGGGGUCUAUAAAAGGAUACUGUCAUAUGCAAGAAUACUGUAGAUUUUACAAACUUUGUAAGCUUUCAAGUUUUGCUCAAAAAUUAAAACGUGUAUAAAGAACAAAAAAGAACAAAAAUAAAUUUGUAUGCAUUUCCGACGCAUCACUGCCAGCAACAGAAGGCACCUUACAUGCUAGUUCAAGACACACAGUGCAUGUUAGGAACUGUUUGAUGUUGCAUGUGGUUUCAAUCUAAGGAUUUACUUCAAGGAGAGUCCAUUUUAAUGUCUGCAUGUUUUAUAGGCAAUUUGUUUUUUAUUUGUACAGACAAAAAAAAAAAAAAACUUCUUAAACCAAACUGUUAAAAAGCACAGAAGCUUAAAAUAUUCACCUCCCAAGUGAUCAGAAUUGCGCCUUGUACUCCUUAUUUUUUUUUUUUUAAAGUAAUGUUUAUGGGAAAAAUGUCUUCAAGAAAAAAGAAAAAAAAUCUUUAAAUGUUUAAGAAAACAAACAAAGGCUUUAAAGCCAAAGCAAUAAAUGUGCCUGAAUGACGUUUCAGAGGCAACACGAAGUAUCUAAGAAUGACCUUAUUAUGAAUUGUAACUGAAGUGCACUACAGGAUUUCUUCCAAAAAUCAACACAAAAGAUUUCACAAUUACAACUCACGCGGACACAUUACACGGACGGCAGUUAGUGAUGUUUCAUAAGCUUUUACCAUUCAUUUCAAUACAUAUCAUUUGUUAAAAAAAAAAUAAAUAAAUAAUAAUGUGUUAACUGUUCAUCUAUCCAACACUCAAUGGGACAGGAAUAAGAACAAUGGAGCAGCAGCAGCAGCUGAACCGUUCUCAAGUGUUUAAGCCCGUCUCUGGACAUCCACCAUACCAGAUCAAGACGUGUACACUUGGAGGCAUUUUCAAUUUAGGCAGACAAACAACAAUGGCGUUUGUUAGUACAGUAUUGGUGAAGACACGCAAGAGAGUUUACGAUUAAACAGCCUCACCUACACAGAGGGAGCUCCAGAAAUGGCUGAUCUUAUUAACGGGCCUGUUAAAGAGUUAGUUGUUUUUUUUUAUAUAAAUUAAAGCUUUUGCAUGUACUUGCACAAUCUUAAAAUCAUUUGAGAUACUAAAUCUGUAAUUUAGCAAUGCACAAUGUCUGUCCAUAGCCUCCCCAAUAUUCUAUAUUUCUGGCGCCGACUUUUAAGCAUCUUUCUGAUUAGUGACGGCAUACAUUCAAAUAUGCUAGAUGUAUUAUUUCAAGCCAUCUUCCAAACCCGCUGCUUACCCGGAGCUCAGGGCAGCUGAAGCCAAUCCCAGCAACCUGGGCCACAGCAAAGUCCAAAGUUUCCUUGAAUUCCAAAUUCAAUUUUUAUUUUCCCGUAGUCCUGAUAUGGAGAGAAAUCAGGCUGAAUAAUCGACGAGGCACUCAAAGCACUGCCAGAUACCUGAAGCAUAGGCGUCAAUGUUAAACACGCAAUCUCCGUAGAAAACCACAAGCACAGAUAUUCAGUCAAGAGCUUGGACACACACACACACACACACACACACACAUUCAGAUGAGAGAAUUGUUUUGUUUUGUUUUGUUUUUAAAUCAAGAUACUAUUUAUUUAAUUUAAAAGUACACGCAGGACAUUACUACUACUUGAAAUGGCAGAUUUUUAAUUUAAUAUUCCCAUAGGAUUGCAAAGCUCCAUUUUCAGCAGCCACUCCUUCAUCGUCCUAAUUGUCAACUCCCUUAGCUUAUCCUUAGGCAGGUGCUAAUGACAACAUUUAUUUCUAUAACACGUUUUCAUAUAAAUGAUGUAGCUCAGUGCUUUACAAGGAAAAGAAAGAGUAAAAAGACAAAAUUAAUAAUAAUAGAAUUAGGGAACACUAAUUAACAUAGAAUAAAAGUAAGGUCCAAAGGCCAGGGAGGACAGAAAUAAAAAAAAAAAAAUCUGCAGGGGUUUCAAGGCCACAAGACCACCCAACCCACACUGGGCAUGGUAACUAAUUAAUUAUUAGAUUCAUUCAUGCUAACUGGUUAUUAGAGAAACCUUUGUAACUGGCAUUAGCACCACUGAAACCUGUCACUUUCCACUUGGGUUGUAAUAGACUGGCAUGCCUGAAGUGCAGCUCUGGGUUCUAAAAUGGCCAAAAAGAAAUCGCCUUCAUAACAGAAGAGAUCAGUCAAGCUAUAUAUAAUAAAUCUCGACUGAUACGUUCUGUAUCAGAUAUAUAUUGUAUUAAUUUUUUCACUUAAUGAAAGAUACCCCCAUGUGUUCAAUUGCCAAGAAACAGAAGAGAUCAUACAAAACGGUGUCUGCUACGGUCUUGAGGAGAGAGGAACUGCAACUAACAGGCUAGAAAAAGAAGGGGAAGGCACGGACAUACAACUGCAUAAGCCUCUGUAGUCGGGUCCUCACCUGGCAUCUGCCUUCAAUAGAUGCCAAAUAAAAUUCCAGCAUCGCCUGCAACAGAGAAAAAGCAACACCGGGAUGCUGACCAGAACAGACUUUUCCAGUUCUCUUUUGUUCAAUGCCUCUGUUCUUUUGCCCAUUUUAAUCUUUUCUUUAUUUACCAGUUUUAGACGUGGCAUUUUCUUUGAAAUUUUGGCUCUUAGACCAGUAUCCCAGCAUCAUCUAUUCUCUGCUCCAUAGAAGAAGCCAACUGAGGACCUGUGAGGUGUUUGUCCUUAUAUCUUGCAGUUCUAUAAUCGAGGUCUUUCCCUUCAUGUUGUAUUCUUGUUAGAUCCACUUCACCAUCUUCCCUCAAGACACUGAGGCACACGGCCGUUUGAAAUCUUCUGUCACUUGGAAAGUCCUUCAUUCUGAAAGAGAGAGAAGGACCCCAGAUCACACCGUAUUGACAUGUCUGAUGAGAAAGCGAUUUCAUUUAAGCCAUUUCCAGACUCACAACUGAACUUUUGGGAUGCAUGGUACUGGCAUUCCUAGAGAAGAGGACUCAGUGGCACUAAUGCACUUAAAAGGUUUCUCUAAUAACCACAGCUGACCAUUAAGACACUGAAGGAACGGCUGCUGAAAAUGGGGUUUUGUACCCAUCGUUUGACUACUACCGCCUUGGCUGCAUUAAGUUACUUUUAAUGUUUUUUUUUUUUAAAUUCUCUCUCUCUCAAAAGUAUCAAAUUCAAACAAAGACAAAUGCGUGUCCAGACUGCUGGUGCAUAUACAACUUUUUUGCUCAUAAUAAUAUCUUCCUCAUGUUAAAUUACAGUAAAUGAGAUCAGGAAUAUGCCUUUAAUAUUGAAUUCUUUGUAUUCCUCUCUGUAAACCACGGUCUGAAUCGGCUCACGCCACUCCGGGUAGGCAGCAGGAGAUGCCAGGCCAGGACCAGCGCCCCACUUGGGGUUGGUUCACCACACCAGGUGAAUUUCAAGUAGCAAUUUGGUCCAUGAUGCACCUCUGAGAUGUGGAGAAGAUUGCACAAAGUAGAUUACAAUUACCAUUUGUAUUAAAAAAAUAAAGCAUGCUAGAAAAUUCACUUCCGAUUAUGAACAAUAUGACGUCUUCCUUUAUAAUUUGUUGGUUUCUUCUUACCAUCAAUUCAAACUUCCUCGUAACUUGCUUAUUUCUGAACUAUGUAAAUACAAAAAAAACGAAUAACUGAAAACUAUUUAAAGACAAACUGGACGGAUGGCAGUAUAUCCACGUUAUGGCCAAGUGGGCUGCAGACUUGUCGGUUUCUCCUAACGUGGUCACGUCUGAACAGUCGUCUCGACCGUCUCCAGGCUGCUGAACAAAUCCACUCUUGUUGCUCUGCUCCAGUAUUUAGCAGGCCGACAGGUACGGGUCUGGUACCAGUACUCCCACCGACCGCCACACCAAACCCCCACAAUAAUGCAUCAACACGUAUGAAACACAAACAGUAUGAUCUGGUCAGGCUGGAAAAGGAAGAACUCACUUUAACAAAGAUCCUUGAAAAUUGCCUAUUUUUGCACAUUGUCAAUUUAGUAGUAUUUGGGGAAAAAGUUGAUUUUUUUGAUCUUCGUGGAACACACUUGUUUUUAAGCAUUUAUAAAGUCUGCCACUGUAUGACAUUUUAUACAAUGUAACACUUUAACAGCUGAUUAUUUGAAUGUUUCUUUUCCUAAACAAAUUGUGUGUUCAAUUGAAAGAAUGAAAAAAAAAAAAAAA